AUGAAGAAGUCAGCCACCCCCAGCCCUCCCAGGGACGAGAUGGCACAGAGGCUGUUCCUGCUCAGGACCACGGUUGUUGCUUUCGUCACCAAGGCCCUAGACAGGCUGCGCGAUGGAAUGUCCCAACGCAAGCUGUUGCAGCCCGCAGGGUGGUAUUUCGACGAGUGGGACAAACAGGAGCUCAACCAGUGGCCGAGGCAGAAGCCGAGGGACUCUGGGGCGAUGCCAGCGCACCUGACACACAGUGUCCUCCGGUGGCGGGCGGAGCACUCCAUCAGACAGGCACUCGAGUGCGUCGAAGGGCAGUACCUACUUAAGUGUCUGAACGACAUACUGGCAGACCAGGACGGCGGCCCGACCCAGAGCCAGCUUGAUGUCUCCAGGGGGCUCGUCAGGCCCAGGAUUGGCCUCCACCUCGGCUCGGACGCCUGGCGGAUCCCCGAUAGUGAUUAUGACCCAGCUGCUCCGAACAUCAGGAAGAAGGUCGCGUCGCGCGCCCCGGACGCCAUGACCAGCAAGCCGAGAAGUCUAGGUCGGACUAUCCCCCGGAGCAAGACCGACAGGGCCGACAAGAUGGCACUCACCUGUCGCAACUGCGGCUCGGAAGACCACCAAGAAAGAAUGCCGUGA